UCCCUCUGUUUUUGUUGUGGUGUCCUGCAUGUGCAAAAGCUAACAAUCUACUCACAGACGAUGAGCAGCAUGAAUGGGAUGAGUGAUCCUGGUGAGGAGAGCUGGGUCUUCAGCCAUGCGGAGGGACAGCACUUCCUCACAGAGGCCUUUAAAGUCAUCUUUGAGGAGGCUGUUCAGAAGGGCACGAAUGCGAAAGAGAAGGUGUGUGUGUGGCAGGAGCCAGCUCAGCUGGAGAAGCUGAUGGAUUUGGAGUUGAGAGACGAGGGGGAAUCCCAUGAUCAGAUGUUAUCAAGAGUUCGGGAUGUUGCUAAAUACAGCGUCAAAACCAGCCAUCCCCACUUUUUCAAUCAGCAGUUUUCUGGAAUGGACUACCAUGCCCUGGCUGGACGCUACCUCACAGAGACCCUCAAUACCAGCCUGUACACCUAUGAGGUGGCUCCGGUGUUUGUGCUGAUGGAGCAGGUGGUUCUCACCAAGAUGCGUUCCCUGGUGGGCUGGUCCAGUGGCGAUGGCAUCUUCUGUGCUGGCGGCUCCCUGUCCAACAUGUCCGCUAUGAACCUGGCGCGCUACCACCUCUUCCCCCAGAUCAAGCAGCAGGGACUCUGGUCUCUGCCACGACUCGCCAUCUUCGCCUCACGGGAGAGUCACUAUUCGGUGAUGAAGGGAGCCGCGUUCCUUGGCAUUGGAACUGAUCAUGUCUACUCUGUCAACACAAAUGACCAAGGUUCCAUGGACACCAACGACCUUGAAGAGAAGAUAAAGCUGGCAAGGUCACAGGGGGCAGUUCCUUUAUAUGUGAACGCCAUGGCGGGGACAACUGUGCGUGGAUCCUUCGAUCCCCUGGACAAAGUAGCGGAUAUCUGUGAAAAAAACUCCCUGUGGAUGCAUGUAGAUGCUGCUUGGGGAGGAAGUGUGCUUUUCUCCAAAACUCACAGACACCUUCUGAAAGGAAUUGACAGAGCCAAUUCUGUGUCGUGGAACCCCCAUAAGAUGCUGUCGGCAGGGAUACAGUGCUCUGCCCUCCUCCUGAGGGACACUACGGAUCUGAUGCAGCGCUGCCACAGUGCCAGUGCCACAUACCUGUUCCAGCAGGACAAGUUCUAUGACAUGCGGCUGGACACCGGGGACAAGACUGUCCAGUGCGGCCGCAAGGUGGACUGCCUGAAGCUGUGGCUGCUGUGGAAAGCCAUCGGCACCAAGGGCAUCACCCAGAGGAUAGACAGGGCCUUCGACACCGCAAGGCACAUUACUGAGGAGAUCAAGAAACGAGAAGGCUUUCAACUCUUAUAUGAGCCCCAGUUUGUGAACGUGUGCUUCUGGUACAUUCCACCCAGUCUGAGGGGAAAGGAGAACUCUCCAGACUACAAAGAAAAACUGGCGAAGGUGCCUUCAACUGUGAAGGAGCGGAUGAUGAAAGAGGGCACCACCAUGGUGGGCUACCAGCCCCUGAACGACGAGAUCAACUUCUUCCGCAUGGUGGUGGUGUCUCCGUACGCCACCACUCAAGGCAUGGACUUCUGCCUGGAUGAAAUAGAGAGGCUUGGGAAAGAUCUGUAACCGGGUUUCACAUGGAGAAGGGAUAGAAGAACUUCUCGUUUUGCUAUGGUCCUGAGUUGAAAAAUGUAACUAUGCUUAACGAUACUACUAGCCCUUUUUAGGGGAAAAGGAAGAGCUUAUGUAGAGUUUGAGGACCAAUAUAAACCUUAAGAGUCUUAGAAAGAAACUGUAAAAAGUUUGUUAACUGUAUAUAUGUUUUAACCCAUUGAUGCCUGAUGUUGCGUCGCACAACAUUGGCCUGGGGC